AUGCCCCUCGACGAAGAAGGAGCAAAAUGGUCAUGCGAGCCAUGCAUUCGCGGUCACCGCUCCUCCAAAUGUCAGCAUUUUGACCGUCUCAUGAUGAAGGUCCCCAAAGCAGGCCGUCCCCUGGCAAAAUGUCCGCAUCCAAAGGGCUCGUGUAGCUGUCAGCGGGUGUAUGCAUUCAUGGUGCGGAUUCCCAAGGGAUCAAGCUGUGUGUGUAGACCAUUGUAUCAAGUUCCUGCCGAUUCCGCAGAAGCAUCCUCAGCAUCCUCAGCAUCCGCGACGCCAGGGACGCCGUCAACUACAUCAAACCCGGGCAGGAUCCAGAAGCCGUCAAGGAAGCAGAGCAAUCUCCAAGCCGCCCCAAAUAAUAUUGCCAAGGCAUUGAAAAUAGAGCCCCAGCAGGCCGACAUCGAUUUCAACGUGACCUCGUUGCCGAAACACUCUAGUUUCGACAUGCGCAGCCCAGAAAAGCCGUUGGUACCAGAGCACGCACCCCAGCCACAUAUCGAAGCCUCUACAGCAGUGCCCAAGACCGGUGGAUGUUGCUCGCAAAAUCCAGCACCCGCUGCUCCGGCCCCAUCUCGGUCCUGUUGCUCGUCGAAAGAGUCUCCAAAACCAAAAGAAAAGGCAGUGGAUUCCGCUUACGCAUCCUGGGCAGCACCGUCUCAUAUGGAGCCUCUUCUGUGGAAUUCUUCGCUUCAAAAUGGGCAUUACUCCUCUGAAGCCCCAGGCUAUACCGGUCUUACUCAACCAUCUUCAUCCUAUGUCAGCCAUUCUGACUCAAACUCUCCCAUCGUGUCUCAACCGCAUUACAUGCCUAAUAUGCAAAUCGGCAACAGUUUUGACGCUAUUUCAUUGAAUCAACUAUCAUUCAACCAUGCGGGGUACCCCCCUCUCAAUCUACCCUCUACGUUCGCCGUGGACAAAAAUCAUGAUUGUUCUUGCGGAGAGACAUGUCAAUGUCUCGGGUGCGCCAGCCAUCCAUACAACGAAACGACUAGACAACAUGUACAAAAAAUGGGAUUCAUGAUGAGCAUUGACGAAGACAACGCAAUACCGAAUAAACCGACAUCAUUCAUAGGCCCGGAUAGCUCGCCGCUAACCAUGUCUCCAAACGGGACAACACACACAUCGACCUUUGCCGAUAAUACCAUGUUCACAUCACCAAACUUUGAUAACAAUAUGUCUUCUGGCGGCAAUGCAUUUGCGACAGACCAAUUCAUGCAGCCAUCCGAGUAUUACGAAAUUGAGUACUCCGUUGGCCUUAGCUUGUGUUCAAACGUGAGUGGAACAUGCCAGUGCGGAAACGACUGCAACUGUGUCGGAUGCCUCACACAUGAUGGCCAUAAUGGAGUUGCUCUACAGCCUUCGCCAAGUGAGCAGCACCAACAUCAGCAGCAGCAGCAGCAACACGUUACUCGUGAGAUUGCGCCACAGCGAUUGAAUGAAUAUACCGGCUAUACCACCAAUAUACCUCACACCCUCGAUCAAUAUUCGCCCUCGGCACUGAGUCCGCAGAUAGUUGAGGCGCCAUUUGUUUGA